AUGGCGGAGGCUUCCGCGUCCUGCUCGGCUGCCGUGGGCGGCGGUUCCCCGUCGUCGCCUUCGCCUCCCGGGGGCGCGUCGGAGGGCGGCUGGAGCGAGGCCCAGUUCCGGCCCUACAGCUUCGAGAGGCGGCCCGUCCCGCGCCUGCGCCACGGAGACCCGCGCGCCGAGGAGCUCCUGGAGAACGAGGAGCCGGUUGUGCUUACAGACACAAAUCUGGUGUUUCCUGCCCUGAAAUGGGAUCUGGACUACCUCCAAGAGAACAUCGGCAGUGGAGACUUCUCAGUGUACAGAGCCAGUACCCACAAGUUCUUGUAUUAUGAUGAGAAAAAGAUGGCCAAUUUUAAGAACUUCAAGCCCAAGUCAAGCAGGGAAGAGAUGAAAUUCAGCGAGUUUGUUGAGCAGCUCCAGGAAAUUCAGCAGCGGGGGAGUGGAGAACGGCUGUAUCUGCAGCAGACACUCAAUGACACAGUUGGGAGGAAAAUUGUAAUGGAUUUCCUGGGCUUUAAUUGGAAUUGGAUUAACAGGCAACAGGCAAAGAGAGGCUGGGGUCAGCUGACAUCCAACUUGCUUCUGAUUGGCAUGGAAGGGAAUGUGACUCCAGCUCACUAUGAUGAACAGCAGAACUUCUUUGCUCAGAUUAAGGGCUACAAGCGGUGCAUCCUCUUUCCGCCUGACCAAUUUGAGUGUCUCUAUCCCUAUCCUGUGCAUCACCCGUGCGACAGGCAGAGCCAGGUUGACUUCGAUCAUCCUGACUACGAGAAGUUUCCUAAUUUCCAGAAUGUCGUGGGCUAUGAGACAGUGGUGGGCCCAGGAGAUGUGCUGUACAUCCCCAUGUACUGGUGGCAUCACAUAGAGUCUCUGCUGAAUGGAGGAACCACCAUCACUGUGAACUUCUGGUACAAGGGUGCUCCAACCCCCAAAAGGAUUGAGUAUCCCCUGAAGGCUCACCAGAAAGUGGCGAUAAUGAGGAACAUUGAGAAGAUGCUGGGCGAGGCCCUCGGGACCCCUCAAGAGGUGGGUCCCUUGCUGAACAUGAUGAUUAAAGGACGAUAUGACUAGUCCUCGGCCUCUGCAUUUGAGAGACAUUGGAGCUGCUUCAUAGACUUGUUGUGGGAAAUCUGAGCGCUAGAAUUGCACGCAGCACUUAAAAGAGUACCAGGCCCUGGGCCCAGCUCUGCCACACUCCACUACAGUGCAGGGGACAACCAGCACUGGAAAGCCGUUGCACUCCCGUUUAGCUUCAGCAGGCCUCCCAGAAGAAAUCCGGAGCAAGAACCCGACUGUCAGUAACUCCUCUGGGUGUUCCCUGCCUGCCCAGUCUACAGAGCUUGGCUCCUGGUACUUGACUGAUGUUGGAAGCAUUAUUGCAUAUAUUGGGAUGGGGGGGGGGGGUGCAAAGUGAAGGCUCCUGAAUUCAUGCCACUCCUUAACACUCCUUAGUGUUUCCUUGGGAUGGAGGCACCACUUCCCAGUCUGGAACCAAAAAUCUGCCAAUGUGGGAGGGAACUUUUGGCCAUGUCGUCCUGUGGUGUUGAGCACUUUCUUGUCUCUGGGUGGUGGAAACAGAAGUGUGUUGACAUCUGUGCCUGGGGAGUGAGCGGACAUGGCAUUUGGAUCUCCCUUCCACACCUUGGCAUUAGAAAUGCUCCUGGGAAGCUGCCCCCUCCCAGUCGUUCCCGCCCUCUGAUUUUGCCUUUCUGUUUGUGGCUGAAGCAAGCUUCUCCUUGAGGAAGUCGCUUCCUCCUUGGCAGCAAGCAGACGAAUGGCGGGCUGCUUUGGAGACACUGCGGCCUUCCAAGUCCCCCCCACAAAUGAACUUGUGGAAACCCUCUUUGUAGGGCCUCUGCUCUGACUCUCAGAAGGCCAGGCCAAGAUGCAUGCAGGUAGUUUCCAUUUGCUGGACCCAGGAGGUCUUUCAGGCAAGCCACAGCGUAGUAUUAUAACCCUGUGUUUCUGCAAGGAUGCCUCCUUCCUUCCAGUCACAUGGAAGUGUUAGUUCAGUUGAACUAGUCAGCCUUCUGCAUGUCAAAUGAAGGGAGGGCGAGGUCAGGGUGGGGAAAGGAGAGUAGCGAAGCUGCCCUUUGACUGCUCUUUGGGUGGAAUCCUGCCCCCCUCUCUGGAGGGGGAAUGGGAGUUCACGUCUAGGUUCUCCUAAGGGGGCCAACCGGAAUUGAUUUGUCCCUUCUCCAGAGAGGCACCUUCUGUGCAAUGGGGAGUUUUGGAGAGCCAUCCCUGGAGGCCCUUUGUCCACUGCUGACUGUGGCCUCUGAUGUGCCAGGGCAGGCCAUGCUAUGCCUUGUGUGUGCAGUAGCCGAAGAACUGCUGAGGAGAGCAGAUUCCUGUAGGGCCAGGAGUGUGAACCCCAAGAGCCACAAAGUUUUGUUACAAGCCAAAGUCUGCCACUUGGAGUUCCCUCUGUCGGCUGUGGGGAGGCACUGAGCAGUCCGUCUCCUGCCCGUGGCAAGGAAAAGGGGGUGGCUUCUAGAGAGCAAAGGAGAAAUAAGCUGCUUUUGGCUGAAGCCAGGCGUCUGCUGUCUUGGGAGCUCCAUGGAGGCCUGCGUGGAAAGGCCAGGAGGGAAGAGGAAAGGGCUGACGUGCAGCCUUCACAUCCCUUUCGUUUCUUUUUGCCAAAGGUGUAACUUGAACAUUUCUAAAGAGGUUUUUUAUCAUUGUUUUGUUGCACUUGACUGGCUGGCAUGAGAGCUCUGUUUCGAUGCACUGAUGGACUGAUUUAGUUACUGUCUCUUUUUUUUUGUUUGUGUGUGUUUGUUUUUCCCUGGUGCUUUCAGUGCCUUGCUGUGGCAUUGAGGGAAGCCGGGUGUGUUUACUCCAUGAUAAGGAAUGUGUGUGAACAUGCAGGGAAGGCAUAGUUCCUUUUGAAGUGUAGUUCUUGAAAUACAGCCAUUCAGCAACA